UGGAGCACGAAAAUGCAAUUGCAUAGGGGUCAUGCAAUUCAUAGCCCUCUGUUUGUCAAUUGGCAUAUGUGUUGGCAUAUUACUUUCCAAUUGAGUUUGUUUGGUAUGAUUGGCGAGAAUGCAAUUUCAUAUAUGGUUCAAUAAAAGUCUGUUUGAUAAUUGGAAUAUGAGUAGACAUGUUAUUAUUUUAGUUUAUUCGGUAUGACUGACUAAUAUGGAAUUAUAUAGGGUUCAUGCAAUUUGUUUCUAUGAUUUGGCAAUUGCAUUUGAGUUGACAUAUGUUAUGUGGUGAAGAUUCCUCCAUUGAUUGGCUCAUCAUUAGUUGGAAUUAUAAAAUGGUGAAAAAGAACAACGAUGUGCAUAGUAAGGGCAAAAAUCCAAAAACAACAAAAGACGAGUCCAAGAUGGUGAUUCAUCGGAAGACGGGUUAUUUUAACUUUCUGAAAAUAAAGGGCGAUGAAAUGAAGAAACAAAAAAUAGUGGAGAAAGUGGAUACGAAGACGAAGAAGGAAAUUGCUAAUAUGUGGCAAAAGUUGGAUGCUACUCAAAAAGCAGAGUAUGAAACUAAAACACAUUCAACGAACGCCUCGAACAAGGGUUGUUUGAAGAUAGGCACACGAUGCAGUCCGAAGGAUAUAAAGGACACUAUAAACGUUUUAAGCAAUGAGAAAAAAGCAGCCAUUGAAGAAAUGAGAUUUGUUUCGUUAUUGGAAAUGAAGUGCGGAAAACUGUCUCAUUCAAUGUGUCGUUUUUUGGUUGAUAAAUUGAAUCCUCCUGAAUCAUCAAUCGUGCUACAUGGGAAAACAUUUAAGAUAUAUGUGGAUGACUUCGUGCGCAUAAUGGGUGUUAAGGAUGGAGGAGAGGAAGUUGACUUCACCAGAUCCAUGGAUGACUAA